AUGGGCAAUCAAGGUCCACCAGGACCUCCUGGCCCACCGGCCUUUACAUAUGACAUGCGAAUGUCAGACGAUGCUGACCAAGCGAAGUACAUUGGAACUGACAGUAUUGAGUUGCCUGACGGCUCCCGGGGCCUACCAGCACGCAGCUGCAAAAUCCUCGCGCGCGUAAAACCUCACCUAGAGGAUGACGCCAUCCAGGUCUAUUGUAGGAUUUCAAGCGGCGAGACCUGCAUCAGUGCCAAGACGCCCGAAUUCGACUACGAAAUCCCCGCCGAUCAGCUCUCCUUCCUUAAAGUGCUCAGUGACAAAGCAAAGCAGGAAAUUACUGUUAACUGCAGACAGAGCUCGGUCACUGAAUCUGGUUUGGCCUCUCGCCUGCUUGCUGACAAUGACCUCUACUUCACAGCUGAGGGGCCCCUAUUCCGCUACAAGGUGCUCCUGGAUGACUGUCAGUACAAAAAGGACAGCUACGGCUCCACCAUAUUUGAGGUCUCCAGCCGCCCCCGCCGUCUGCCGCUGCGCGACAUUUCCUUCGCUGACCUUGGUGGUGAUGAUCGCGAGUCCGUACGACAGAAGCUGGGUACCAACGUUGAUGAAGAUCUGGGACUCGAGUAA